CUCCCAUAGUUUUGAAAAAUGUUUGAGGAUUCAGAUAGGGAACAUGGUUCUACAGAAGAAGGGCUUAACCCUUUCCUUCAUGCUACUUUCCUGAUUAAAAUCUACUCUCACCCCCGAAAGGUGCUAUUUUUCCCACAAGGGAAAACAUACAGGUACCUAUGUAAUAGCAAUAUGUUUUGCCCUGCAAGGCAAGUAUCAGUUUCAGGAGGGCAAUUUUAACCAGGAAAAUUGUGCAGGAGGAAGGAUUAACCUCUCUUCCACAGCACUGAUCCAAAUCUGCCCUCUGCCCUCCACUUCUAAAAACUAUGCCCACAAAUCUCCCACAUAACAUCUACAUGCUUCCAAAUAAAUAUGUUUAUAAUUAAGGGGAAUUUCACAGAAGCAAAUUGAAUCAAAUCAGAUAGUAACUUCCGUUGAUUCAGUGGAACUUACUUCCAAGUAAGCAUGUGUAAGGUUUAGGGUUGCAAACUCUGACAGAAGCUAUUCAUGGAUUUCCCCCCAAUAUUUUUCACAAUAUCUAGCCAUAAACAUAUUCUGAAUAGUAACCUGGAGGUUGAUGCUUAUUCCUGGAGAUCCCCAGGCCAAUCCUAGAGGGUCAGCAGCCCUAGUAGGAUUAGAGUCUAAGACUGUGGUUCUAAUCAUGCUUGUUAGGGAGUGAGUUCAAUGGGGCAGUGGGGCAUACUUCUGAGUAAACAUGCUUAGGGCCAUGUGGCAUGCCUGUCCUACAGCCCUACCCUCCAAGAAAAAGCCCCCAACCAGUUAGAACAAAAUAGAUCUCCUAUAGGAUACACCUUGCAGCUAAUAUAUGAGCUUAAAAAGAUGCCCAAAUGCUUUGUAAGAAUAAGAAAACUUUUCAUUUUAACAUGCUAAACUGCCCCUGCUAACUGGGCAAAGAGGCACCUUUUACCGUGGUGAUUCUCUUUAUUUAGCAGGGGGAGAGUAACUGGCCCUCUCCACCCCCAGCACAGUACUUCCAGUGACUGUUGCUGGUGUGUGUCUUAUGUUUCUUUUUAGAAUGUGAGCCCUUUGGGGACAGGGAGCCAUCUUAUUUGUUAUUUCUCUUUGUAAACCGCCCUGAGCCAUUUUUGGAAGGGCGGUAUAGAAAUCGAAUUAUGAUGAUGAUGAUGAUGAUGUCCUUUUCUGAUGAAGCCAUAGCUCAACUUCCUCUGCUACUGUCAGAGCUCACUAAGCCAAAGGAGACCUAUCAGAGGAGGUGGAGGAGCCUGCCCCAGCCAGGAUCCAGGAUCCUGAUGGGAGUCCUCCAGAUCCUUUGGAGCCAGAGCAGCUGGAGCUGGUCACCUCCUCAGACACCUCCUGGUGUCCCCUGCAGGGCUCUUGCCCCUUCCUUAGAAUCCUCCCCAUCACCUCCAAGUCUCCAGGAGUGAAGGUGACAUUGUGCCCAGGCUGAGCUCCCUCUUGCCUGUAGGGAGGCGCAAGCAACCAGAACCAGGCCAGCUUGGCUGCUUGGGCCUCCUUCCAGAUGGGCCUAUUCAGGAGGACAGGAAAACUAGCUCAGGAAUCUCCUCUAGAGCAGGGCUUACCUGAGGAUCCAGGAAGGGGUAGGGCUCUUGCUGCCUAUACACACCUUCAGUAGGAGACAGUCUUUUGUUGGUUUCCUUUGAAGAACUUGGGGUGUCAGCUGGUUUGUUUGAAUGAGGUUUAGGGAAUUACACAGCAAAAAUAUGUAUAGAUGUACCUUAAGGGCUAAAGGAUCUCCCUGAAACUAAAACAUAAUUCCAAGCUUUGCUUUUUAAUGUGGUCUGGUGGGCCACUGUGUGAAAUAGGAUGCUGAACUAGCUGGGCCUUGAGCCUGAUCCAGCAGGGCUGUUCUUAUGACUGUGAGUUUUGUAACUUGUUUAUGGCGUCUGGAGCCUGGUCAGGUAGAUCUUGCUUCUCCUUUCACUUACAGUGCUUUCAAGUUUAAUUGUAAGCAUUAGUUUUUUUCUUUGUGAAUGGGAUUUAAAACCUGUGCAAGAAGAGUUGUUAUGCUCCAGUGCAAUAAACACAAGUGCUUUUGCUGGUCAGUGACCGAAUAAACCUAUCCAAUGCUUAGCCUUAGAUUGUUCCAGUUAAGUCUUGAUAGUUAACAGUUGUUAGUAAAAGUAUAAAUGACAUGUAAGGAACAUGACAUAAAUGACAAUUGGAAAAGAUAUUAUUCUAGAACAACUGGUUGGGGCAAAGGAUGGAAAAGAACAUUGUUAAGAACAUAACAGCCCAGCUGGAUCAGGCCCAAGGCCUAUCUAGUCCAGCAUCCUGCUUCACACAGUGGCCCACCAGAUGCCUCUGGGAAGCUCACAGGCAAGAGGUGAGGGCAUGCUCUCUCUCUUGCUGUUGCUCCCCUGAAACUGGUAUUCAGAGACAUUGUGCCUCUGAGGCUGGAGGUGGCCCAUAUACAUUCUUUAUUGCUAUCAUAUCUAUGCCCAGAACUCCCUACCACUUGUGCAAUACCUUCUCUUCCUUCCUUCCUUCCUUCCUUCCUUCAAAUCCCUCCUUUUCCACAAAGCCUUUGGCACCACUCCCUAGUCCCCAUACUCUACUGCAAAUGAGCUUAAGUACAUGGACAUGAAACCACAUAUUAUUUCCCUGUUUACCCUGCUUCCACUUUCCUUCCCCACCUCUCCUUCUUUCUCCACCAAACGUUGGGGGAGUGAGGUUUUUUGCUAUACAUUAAAUAAGAACUGGUCUUGCGGUAACAAGCAUGAUUUUUUCCCUUAGCUAAGCAGGGCCUGUCCUGGUUGCAUAGGAAUGGGAGACUAGAAGUGUGAGCACUGUAAGAUAUUCCCCUUAGGGGAUGGAGCUGCUCUGGGAAGAGCAGAAGGUUCCAAGUUCUCUCCCUGGCGGCAUCUCCAAGAUAGGACUGAGAGAGAUUCCUGCCUGCAACCCUGGAAAAGCCACUGCCAGUCUGUGAAGGCAAUAUUGAGCUAGAUAGACCAAUGGUCUGACUCAGUAUAUGGCAGCUUCCUUUGUUCCUAUGAAAGUUAUUUGCCAUUGGACCCAGGAAUGGAUCCUGGAGUCUGGACUUAGCAAUGGCUCAGCAAUCGUGUGCUGCCAUAGGAGCACAUCUGGCUAGUGCAGAAGAACUGAAGAAAGCCAUUAGGGAUUGCUCCUUUGCUGUGUGUACCAGAGGCUGGCUGGCUGAUGGCACCAUUGGGACAACUGUGUGCAACAGGACAGGCAGCAAGCCACAGAGUGUAAAAGUUACUGAUGUUCAGAUUGAAAAGGAUCCAUCUCCAAGUGGGAGAUAUGAUGCUCUUUGUGUGAAAGUUCAAGGCAAACCAUGUGGGGAUCCUCCGUCCUUCCCUCACACAGUUCUCCAUGGCCACACUGGAUUUGAAAUGGGGGAUGAACUGCACUAUGUCUGUGCUCAGGGAUAUGUCAUGAGCAAUAAAGAUACUGCUUUUACUCUGCUCUGCCACACGUGUGGUGAAUGGUUUGGUCAAGUGCAGGCUUGUGUCAAAGAUGAAACUGAGGGACAUAUUGAUUAUGAGGAUAAUUUUCCUGACGACCUAUCUGUGCCUGCUGAGGAUCAUAAUGCCAAAGAGAAAGGGAUGGAACACGAGCCAGAGAAAGCUACAGACGAUAGCAAUAAGACACUAUUUGCUGAUGGUGACAACCACAUUGGUGUGAAAACCAUGUAUAAUGAGCAGGGCACCAAAGUGAUUUAUGAAGGUGAGGACUUCCCCAUUGGACCUGUUAUUGUAAACAAUGAUACAAAAGCAGCAAAAAGUACAGAUUCUAAUACCGAUGACCCCUGGCUAGAUGGUUAUCCUGUUACUGAAGAAGCAGUGGAAGAAGGUAAUGAUGAGGAAGGGGAUAAAACUGAUGGAUCUAUGGGAAUGGAAGAGGAUGCUAACACUGACCAACCAAACUAUGCUGGCGUUAGGAAAGCAAGUGACAGCAAUUUGGAAAAGGAUUUCUUACAGCUUGGGGCAGUCCCACCACUGACACAUGAUGAUGAGAUCAAAGGAAUACUAAUAACACUAAUGCCAACAAGUGCUCCAGAGAAUGUAAGUGUAAGCAAAGGCUCUGAUGAUGUCAUCAGGUAUGUUCCAACUACACCAAUGGAAUUUGUUACUCAGGAAUUGCCAUCAGUAACCACAGUCACUAGCUUGAAUUUGGCCACACUGGAGACUUCUACCAUGUUCUAUCUCGUUGACCACAUUCCGUUGCCAGAGGAAGAGGAAAUGACAACAAUGCAAACAGUUACUACAGACUCUUCUCAAAAUGGCUUUACACCAGUUGAUGAAUCAUAUGAGAGAGGAACUCUUACCUAUGAACUAGGAGGGAAGCUUUUUACCACUUUUGAACCCUGCAUAGGGAUAAAUUGUUCAACUUCAAAUAAAGGCCCCAUGAUAGCCAUUGGAGUGACUGUUGUAUGCUUGCUACUGCUUGUUGCUUUCUUGGCAGUGUGGUGUUUUAAGAAACAGCAUCAGAAGACCUCUGUUUAUAAACUGAAUGGGAAAGAUCAUGCCAGGCAUCAGCUGCAACAGAUUGAAAUGCAGAAAGUCUAACCUAACAGUCUACGUUAUUGGGAAGGAGUAAGAGGGUAGCAGGUGGGGAGGGAGACUGAAAGACAGAUAUACUGAUAUCCAGAAGAGGAAAUGCUGUGUCUGAAUCAGAAGAAUCUGCAACAGUUUGAAAUCACAACAUAAUAUAUUGAUAUUGGUAUUAAUUUAGGUUUCUGUAUUUUUUUUAACCAUUCAUCUUCUUGAGGAUUCAAGGCUGAUCCAUAGGAGCAUAUUUUAUCACAUAACUAUCAAUCACAAGAUAGUAAAAUGGUUGUGACAGAUCAGCUAUCGCAGAUGGAGCUUUCUUGUUGUAUACAAUGCUCAUUAACAUCCUGGAGCCAGGCUAAUCAAAUCAGAAACUCCUAAUUUGACAACUACAAAAUAAAGAAGGAUGUUUCCUCUUCUGUGGUGAACUGGUUACAGUGCAACAGCAUGUAUGAAAGAAGUUCAGUAAAGCAGGGACAAUCUGGAUAUAAGGUGGAGAAGAUUUACUUGAACUAUUAAAUGUAUCCUUUUGAAAGCAAGGAUAAAUAGACAUAGACAGUUGUUUUAUAAAUGAAAAGGGACUUGCAGAAAGUAUUGCUCCUCCAUUUGUCUGUGUUCAUUUCAUUGAGUUGGUACUGGAUGGAGCAGCCCCACACUUCAGUAGUAUUGCCUUGGGAUGUGAACACCAUGGACUUAGCAUCUGUUAGCUAGAAGCAUGGCAUCAUUGGAACAUCUGCAUUUUUUUUAAUUGUCAAGGAAGUCCGUGUGUGUGUGUGUGUGUACACGGGAUGUUGUUUGAAUGGACUUCAGUGAAUGACAUACUAGUAAACUUCAUUCUUCUUUAAAAAGAAAUAAAUAUUCUCAAUAUGCCAAUAAACCUUUCAAUUCCUAUAAGAGUA